GGCUCCCGGGGAAUGACAAGAGCCAUGGACGAGGAGAUCGUGUCCGAGAAGCAGGCGGAGGAGAGCCACCGGCAGGACAGCGCCAACCUGCUCAUCUUCAUCCUGCUACUCACCCUCACCAUUCUGACGAUCUGGCUCUUCAAGCACCGCCGGGCCCGCUUCCUGCAUGAAACUGGCCUUGCUAUGAUUUACGGUGUUUUGGUGGGGCUGGUGCUUCGGUACGGCAUUCAUGUUCCAAGUGACGUGAAUAAUGUCACCCUGAGCUGUGAAGUGCAAUCAAGUCCAACUACCUUGCUGGUCAAUGUCAGUGGAAAAUUUUACGAGUAUAUGCUGAAAGGAGAGAUUAGCUCACAUGAGCUCAACAAUGUUCAAGAUAACGAGAUGCUCAGGAAGGUUACUUUUGACCCGGAAGUCUUUUUCAACAUACUGCUUCCUCCUAUCAUAUUUUACGCAGGUUACAGUCUGAAAAGGAGACAUUUCUUCCGGAACCUUGGGUCUAUCUUAGCAUAUGCCUUUCUUGGAACAGCGAUUUCUUGUUUCGUUAUUGGGUCCAUAAUGUAUGGCUGUGUAACCCUGAUGAAAGUGACUGGACAGCUCGCAGGAGAUUUUUACUUUACAGAUUGCUUGCUGUUUGGUGCCAUUGUAUCAGCUACAGACCCAGUGACUGUCCUUGCCAUCUUCCAUGAGCUCCAAGUUGAUGUUGAACUCUAUGCUCUUCUCUUCGGUGAAAGUGUCCUCAAUGAUGCCGUUGCCAUAGAGCUGUCCUCGUCAAUAGUGGCAUACCAACCAGCUGGAGACAACAGCCACACCUUUGAUGUCACAGCCAUGUUCAAAUCUAUUGGAAUCUUCCUUGGGAUCUUCAGUGGAUCUUUUGCAAUGGGUGCUGCUACAGGAGUGGUGACAGCUUUAGUGACAAAGUUCACCAAGUUGCGGGAGUUCCAGUUGCUGGAGAAGGGUCUUUUCUUCUUGAUGUCCUGGAGCACCUUCCUUUUGGCCGAAGCCUGGGGUUUCACAGGUGUGGUGGCAGUGUUGUUCUGUGGCAUUACACAGGCACAUUAUACAUACAACAAUUUGUCCACAGAGUCUCAGCAUAGAACAAAGCAGUUGUUUGAGCUUCUCAAUUUCUUAGCGGAGAAUUUCAUCUUUUCCUACAUGGGACUGACGCUGUUCACCUUCCAAAACCAUGUCUUCAACCCAACAUUUGUAGUAGGAGCAUUUAUUGCUAUAUUCUUGGGAAGAGCUGCCAAUAUUUAUCCCUUGUCUCUCUUACUUAAUUUGGGCAGAAGAAGUAAGAUUGGAUCAAAUUUUCAGCACAUGAUGAUGUUUGCUGGCCUUCGUGGUGCAAUGGCCUUUGCCUUGGCCAUUCGCGAUACUGCCACUUAUGCACGCCAAAUGAUGUUCAGCACCACACUUCUGAUUGUGUUUUUUACUGUGUGGGUAUUUGGUGGUGGCACUACUGCCAUGUUGUCAUGCUUGCAUAUAAGGGUUGGUGUUGAUUCAGACCAAGAACAUUUGGGUGUUCCUGAAAAUGAAAGGAGAACUACCAAAGCAGAGAGUGCCUGGCUCUUUCGGAUGUGGUACAACUUUGAUCAUAACUAUCUGAAGCCCCUGCUGACCCACAGUGGGCCUCCUCUCACUACCACUCUCCCAGCCUGCUGUGGGCCCAUCGCCAGGUGCCUCACCAGCCCCCAAGCAUAUGAAAACCAGGAGCAAUUGAAAGAUGAUGACUCCGACCUUAUUCUCAAUGAUGGUGAUAUCAGUUUGACAUAUGGGGAUUCUACUGUGAACACUGACUCCGCAACAGCCAGUGCCCCAAGGAGAUUUAUGGGCAACAAUUCUGAAGAUGCCUUGGAUCGGGAGCUUACAUUUGGGGACCACGAACUAGUCAUUCAUGGAACACGCCUGGUUCUUCCGAUGGAUGAUUCUGAACCUGCGUUAAAUUCAUUAGAUGAUACAAGACACAGUCCAGCCUAAACUUUCUAAUACUCACUUAGUGGUUUAUAAACUUUGCACAUGUGAUUGUGAAGAAAUGUGUACUACCUACAAGUCCUAGUGCAUGUCUCUGAAUGUGUAAGCUAUAUAAAUGCUAUUUAUAUGGCAUAGAAGAAUAUAAAUACUCUGUAGAAGGCAGAUUGUCAGUUCUCUUUAAGUUUUGCUACAUUGGCCAGAUCUGUUUUAGAAAGUUAUUUCCACAGUAAUGUUGUGUGUUCUGUUAGUUUUAUGUUUCAGUUAAAGUAUAAAAAGUGACAGAUUGACCCUUUCUUAUAUUUAUCUGACACUUAACUGGAGUACUAAGUUCUUGUGAUGUGAAUUAAUUUGUGUGUGGCAAGGAAGGGGGAGGGGAGGGGGAGGGAAGGGGGGAGCUCUUAUUCCCUCGGGAACCUAAGGAGGAGAGGUUCCUUUGUUGGAGAACUUUUGUUGAUUGCUGCUGCCUUUGUCAUGACUUUUUUCUUUCCCUUUUCUCUGGUGGCCCUUUGUGGUGCAAGGAGCUGAUGGCAUUUUGAUCUCACCCCAUUCAGGUUGGGGACUGAAGUGUGGGGGCUGUUUUUCCCCAAUUGAUGUAAAAGA